CGUUUCGUUUUCACUGCAGGACUUGCUUUCCGUAAACACUGACAGUGGAGCUUUAAUGUCAGACAAAACUCGGGACUUGUGUUAUAAUAACUGCAUUUGGAGUCUGCUUAUAGUGAAGUGACACUCCUCCGGCUCUUCUGACUGGAUCAGCAUUCCUGUCUGCGUCCUAUUCCAUAAAUAAGUGUAUUCUGUUGGAUCUGACAGUGAAGGCAGAGAGACCAUGUGGGAGUCACAUGCGUGCAGAAGAUGAGCAGUAAACAGAUGCCAGGAGCACAGCCCCGGUCUGAGUGUGUUACACCAUGAACAGCACCACUAACCCCCCUCACACCAUCAGCGGAGACGCAGCCGUCAGCUACGUGCUGGUCCCCUUCUUCCUCAUCACUGCCCUCGGGAUCGUUGCAGCAGUGGUGAUGUACAUAAGGAGGAAACGGAGGAUUGAUAGACUGCGGCAUCAGCUGCUUCCAGUUUACACUUAUGACCCGACCGAAGAGAUGAACGAGGCAGAACAGGACAUUCUUUGGAAAGAGGAAGACACAAAGGUGGUCCAGGGUUGGAUGAGGACGUAUCAGCAGCGCAGACCCCUGCUCUCGAAGGAUCCUGAUGCAUGAAAAUCAGCUUUAACUUUUGGUGAUUCUGCACAUAAUCUGUGAACCUGGUCAAUAACUCAACACUGUCUCGUCGUCCUGUAUUGCAGAUUCCCAAGAUGGACAUUUUUGAGCAAUAAGCUACUGAUUUUCCCACUGUUUGAAGCGCUGAGUCUGGAAGAGCUUUAGGGACAUGAGAAAUCUACAGUGAAGCGAUGGGAUCAUAUCAGGUCUCUUCUCAUGAAGCAGUCUGAAUAGCAAGACUCCAGAAGGAUGUUAAUACGCCUCUGUGUUACUGUUGUUUAUUUAUUUUAGCUGUAUGUAUUCUGCUGAUGUUCUGUGCUAUUAAAUCCUCA